AUGGCAGCAACUAAUUUCAUUGAAAGAUUCAAGAAUAAAGUCUCAACGAUCGGUAAAUCUGGGGAAAUCGAAUUUGAUUCAUCAAGGCCUGCUCUUAAAGCAAAUAGUGCCCAAUUCCACAAAUCAAUAAUGCAGCUAUCCGCAUCAAAUAUCAUAAGAAACAAUCUUCAAUCACCGAAGGUAAAAACUUUUGUAUCAUCUAGGCCUGUAAAAUUGACUGCAAAAGAUGAUAGUCCAACAUCUCCUAAAUCACAUGCUGGGACUUUUCAAAACUAUAAGCCAGACACUAUUAGUGAAGCAACGACAAAUACCCCGAAACCUACCUUAAAAGAGCAAAAAAUAAAAAGAAAGUCAAGCCACUCAGCAGCCCCACUGAGAAAUAAACAAUCAAACGAAGCCCCUAAGUCUAGUGAUGGUGCAACUCAAUCUUUUGAAACGAGAUAUGUAAAAAAACAGCAAACUAUUGAUUUUUCGCCUUAUACACUUAAUGAUUACCACAUGAUAAAAAGUGAUGAAUAUUACGAAUUAGGAGGACUUGGCUGCGCAACUGUAGGGACUGAAGAGUGGACUAAAAGAAAAGAAAUGCAAGACAGAAGAAAAGACUAUGCAAGGCAAGUUAAGUAUACGAACGCUGCGAAUUUGCCUCCAUCUGGAGCAAGAAAAUCACUUAAAUCAAUAGAAAAAGAGCCCAGCAAGAUGCAGAAAGCAAAUGAAUUUGCGAAAAAUAUUCCGAAGCCAAAAUUAAGAAGUCCACCAAUGGAUGUAAAGAGUACUCCAUUGGAAGUAAAAGAAAGCUCUAGCGAAAAAACCUUUGGUCAAUUAGAGUAUCAUCUUGAUAAGCAUGAUAAUUAUAGGGCUCUUAUUGAUGAAAUCAAGGCAGAUCUUGAUUAA